UAAACAAACAAACAAACAAUAACCCAUGAACACACCCAGUUACCCACCUGUACUGACAUUCACAGACAGAAACAACAGUGUAACAAUCAGAAACAAACAUGGGGACCUCAGAAGAAAAAAAUUAUUGGUGAUAUCAACGUUUAUAAGGUGGAACAGUCCAAGUUCUUGCUGCAGAGUGAAGACCACAAGCACUGCACCACAGACGCCCAAGUGUUAGAUGUGGGUGCUCUGGUGUGUUCCCCCCCCCCCCUUUUUUCCCUGACAAACGACUAUCGUCCUUACCUCUCCUUUUUUGUGCUUGUUUAUCUCAUGUACCACGUCUAAUCUUCAGGACCUAAAUGACCCAUAUUUUGUGUUGCAAUUGCAGUAAAACUCUUACUAUGAAAACGAAGUAUUAGAUCUGCUUGUGUUUGCAAUGAGACGAUCAAAGACGGGAACAAUAAUUGUCUUGGCUUCCUCAAUUGAAACGUGUUGAUAGUUUUUUCUCUCCUGUUUUAUCCAUUUAUAGGGUCCAAGACAGUUUUCUCACAAUGAAGGGCGUUUUUCCUGUCGCGUUAUUAUGUGUCCUGUUCGCCUCGCUAUCAGCUGGACAAGACACAACUGCUGUAAAGGCCCCUCCUAAGCCUACGGCCCCGCCUGCAGUCACCACUGAUGCUCCAACAGCACCGCCAGCUUCCCCCUCCGUGGCAGCACCAGUGACAACUCAAAAGGCGCCAUCUACAACCGCCACUCCUGCGUCGAGCGGGCCGUCUGGGAACUGCAGUGACAAGGUUGACUACUGCUGGAAUGAGCCGGAUAGAAACUGCUUCGGCAUCUACGAACCCUGGGCCAAAGAUAACUGUCCAUUCCGUUGCGGUUUCUGUCCAGAAAAACCAAAAUGUGAGGACGAAAUUCUGUUCUGUGCCCAGUACACCUUGAGCGUCUGCACUGACCCGACCUUUCAGGGAUGGGCAAGAAAGAACUGUAGGAAAUGGUGCAACAUGUGUAAACUGCCAACCAGACCGGCUGACCAGGUGACUGCCGCUCCUGGAGGCGGAAGUGUAUCUGGUCCCACAAUUGCACCCACCUCUGACGGCAGCCAAAAGAACCCUUCCCUACCUGGUAAUGGCAAUGGGAAUGGAAACGGGAAUGGAAACGUUAAUGGUAACAUCACCAACAUGCAGUUUGUAGGGCAGAAGUCCACAUUCGUUGUACAGGGAGACCCCACAACUCUUCCGGGUGUCUGCUUCUACAAGGGCGAGGUACGACCCCUUGACGUCAACUGGUACGACGGCUGUGACUAUGUCUGCAGCUGUUUCGACGCCGCGAGGAACAGAAUUAUCUGCACAGAGAAGUGCACACAGUGGGGUUCACUGCCGGCCGAGCUUGCAGGGCAGUGUUCGUUGGUCAAAGAGUCUGGCGACUGCUGUCAGAAACUCGAGUGUAACGCCUGAGGCAAUCGCAGCGAGAUAGGAAUUUCUGUUUGUGAAAGAUUGAGUGUUCUCAUUGCCACUGCUUGAUACAUUAUCUAUGAUAUAAUUCAUACAAUAAACUCAGCCUUCAGCAGUGAAA